UCUCAUCCGGCGUUGCAGCGUGGCCAGUACUGCAACUUCUCAAGCUGUUGUUAUAGGAAAGCGAGUUAAUGCAUAGCUGCACAUGAAUCGGAUAAAAAAUAACUGCAGCUAGCUAUAGAAUAGAGCUCAUAAGAACGUGCCUGCAGAAAUAUCUAAUUAGUUGGAUAGAAAAUCUUAGUAUCGUAGUUUAGUAACGUUACUUCCCUCUACGCUAAUCAACAGGCUAGCCUCGGAAUAAUUGCUGGCUAAAAUUCGUUGUCUUGCUGUAACAUGUCUUUGGUUCAUUCAUGCUCCCGUGCAAAGCCAAGAUAGGCAAUGAUGUGCGUUUCAAAUCCAAAUACAUCACGGAUGAGCUGGUUCGGCUUUUCACAGAAGACACUGACACGGAGGACGAAGAAUUUGAGGGUUUCGACGAAGAAGAUUGCUCGUGGAUCAGUGACGGGAUCAAGUGCAUGUCUGAAGAGUCCGAGGACAGCGAUGAGGAAGACUACAACACCUCUGGCCCUGCGAGGAGGAAAAGCGCCGCUCUCUGUGUGGCCUUCCGGUUUCCAACCAAGAAGGGACAGUCUCAGCGGAAAAGUGAAGGGAAGAACAAGCAGGACCCUGAGCAGCAUACUGAUUCUCAACCAGUGACUCUUAGAGCCAGAGGAAGAGGAGGAGCAGGAAGAGGAGCAGGAGCAAGAGGAGGAGGAAGAGGAGCAGGAAGAGGAGGAGGAAGAGGAAGAGGAGGAAGGAGAGGAACCACAGAAAAUGUUCCCCCGCCUCAGAUGAACAGAAGUCCCCUGCAGACUAGCACUGCUCUGGUGUCUGAAUCUGGCAACGAGGAUACGGCUGAUGAGGACAAGCCCCACGCUUUGCAGAAGCGGGCCAAUAAUAUCAAAGAAAAUAAAGCAAUGCUUGAAAAGCUGUUGGCAGACUUGCAUUCGAUGCCAGUCCUUCUACCCCGGAAAACACAGUCGGUGUCAUCGCCGAAGAAGCGAGCGCCUCCAAAGAAAGGCCGAGCACAGGGCGAGAUCGUGGAGCGGCGGAACCCAACACGCAGUGCUCGACCCCCUGCCAAUUUCGGGGUUGAGGAUUUCUCCAUAUCGCCCACCAAGCUUAUAGCACAACUUGGGAACAUCAAGAAGGCCAAGCUUAGGGCAAGACUGUCUGAGGUAAACCAGGACGGGGUAAAGAGACGACGAACAUCUUCCAAAAACACAACCCCGCGUGCGGUCGAUGACAUCACAGAGGAGGAGCUGGAAAAUGUGGCGCACACAGGAAGCGACAAGAUUUAUGACAAAGAGCACGGCAGCACUUGUCAUCAGUGCAGGCAGAAGACCAUUGACACCAAGACUGUGUGUAGGAAUCCCAGCUGCUGGGGUGUGAGGGGCCAGUUCUGUGGGCCCUGUCUGCGCAACCGAUACGGCGAAGAUGUCCGUGACGCGCUGCUCGAUUCUAUGUGGGUCUGCCCUCCGUGUCGGGGCAUCUGUAACUGUAGUUUCUGCAGGAAGGCAGAUGGCCGCUGUGCUACAGGCAUCCUCAUCUACAUGGCCAAGUUCUACGGCCACAGCAACGUGAAGGAGUACCUGGAGAGCCUCCAGAAACACUUGUCUUAGAAGAAAAUGCCGACGGACAUAGUCCAAGGGUGAGGGGCCAGCUGAAGACUGCAUUUUAUAAACCACGGUUAAGGGGUUGUAUCUUAUUUACCGUUCAUUCCUGUCCAUUCAAAAUUGUUGGAUUGUUUAGUUUUGUCGUUCUGUAAGAGCAUAGUUGUCGAUUGUUCCUUUUACCUAUUCCAUGCUGACAUUUUUAUUUUGUACGAAUAACACAAAUUAAUAAAACCAUUAGCACUUUCAUAUCACUGACAAUGAAAAUUAUUGAUCUAAUUUUUUGUGAUAUUGAGCUGUAUUUUUUUUUAUGCACUUAAAAGGCAGAAUUUUAAUAUCAGACCCGGCAAGUUAAUUUUGUUUGAGCCAUUUCCUUAAUGCAACCAUCUUUUGGAUUUUGGGAGUUGAGUGUUCAUUAAAGAUCUUUUUUUUUUUUUACAUUUAUGUAAAUAUGAUGUUUACCGUUUUGUCAAUACUGUUAACUGGCAAUAAAG